UUAGAUGCAUAUAAAUUAGAAAAGGAUUUAUUAUUCAAAAUGGUCUGGUACCAGGGGCGUCCAGGAAGAAGAGGUUAAGGUCCUCAGAAGUCUUCCAACUGAGCCUUUAAUAGAAAAAAUUAAUAUUAUUGAAUCCAUGUAUUUAUUGAAGGAGCAAACUAUCUCAAAAUGUGAAGUCUGUCCAUGGGCUGGAAGGCAGACAGAUGUAAAAAGAGUCUUUGCAUUUGCUGUUUUUUUAUUCCCAUAGCUGAGAAGACUAGUGAUGAGGGGGCGAUACACUGAGUCGAUUCAGUCUGUGGCAUAGUUUAAAAGAGACACAGUGCAUCAUGUGUAAGGUGUAGGCGGAGCUUCAGCCUCUAGCCGUCUGCUCUCACUACAUCUCUUCUCGAUUAGACACUUAUCAACUGUGGAGAUUAUUUAUCAGACUCUGCAAUAGGUGUUGUUUUGUGUAGCCAGCGAUGGCACCAGGAGACGUGGUGCCAGACCAUGCCAAGCAACUGAAGUCCAAGGAGAAGCGGCUUGGAAACAGGGCAUUGAAAGCUGACUGUGAGCCGGAUGGCUCCUUUAUCUUCGAGGCUCAUGAGGCUUGGAAGGACUUCCAUAACUCCCUCAGGCACUUCUAUGAAGUGGGUGAGCUCUGUGAUGUCACACUGAAGGUUGGCAGUAGAUUGAUACCAUGCCACAAGCUAGUGCUGGCCUGUGUUAUCCCUUAUUUCCGAGCCAUGUUCCUGUCAGAGAUGUCGGAGGCCAAACAGGAACUGAUUGAGAUUAAAGACUUUGAUGGUGAUGCCAUCCAGGACCUGGUGCAUUUUGCCUACUCGUCCAAGCUCACGUUAACUGUAGACAAUGUCCAGCCUCUGCUGUAUGCUGCCUGCAUCCUUCAGGUGGAGUUGGUGGCGAGAGCCUGCUGUGAGUACAUGAAGGCCAACUUUCACCCCACCAAUUGCCUCGCAGUGCGUACUUUUGCUGAAAGCCACAAUCGUGUGGACCUGAUGGACAUGGCUGACCGCUAUGCCUGCGAGCAUUUCACAGAGGUCGUGGACUGUGAAGACUUCACGUGUGUGUCUCCCCAGCACUUGCGUACAUUAUUGUCCUCGGGUGAGCUCAACAUCCACUCGGAGUCACAAGUGUAUAAUGCAGCAGUGAAGUGGCUGAAAGCCAACCCACAUCACCACGAGGCCUGGCUGGACCAGAUCAUGUCUCAGGUGCGCCUCCCGCUGCUGCCUGUGGAGUUUCUGACUGGAACUGUGGCUAAGGAAGAGAUGAUCAAAGGUAACCUGAGUUGUCGUGACUUGAUGGACGAAGCCAGGAACUACCACCUCCACCUCAGCAACAAGGCAGUGCCCGACUUUGAGUAUUCAAUCCAUACCAUACCCCGGAAACACACCGCAGGGGUUUUGUUCUGUGUUGGUGGCCGCGGGGGUUCUGGUGACCCAUUUCGCAGCAUCGAGUGUUACUCCAUCACUAAGAACAGCUGGUUUUUUGGCCCUGAAAUGAACAGCAGGCGGCGCCACGUGGGUGUGAUAUCUGUUGGAGGCAAAGUUUAUGCUGUCGGGGGCCAUGAUGGUAAUGAGCACUUGGGCAACAUGGAGUUGUUUGACCCCCUCACCAACAAAUGGAUGAUGAAAGCCUCGAUGAACACUAAGAGGAGGGGUAUAGCACUGGCAGCUCUUGGCGGUCCCAUCUACGCUAUCGGAGGCCUGGACGACAACUCCUGCUUCAACGACGUGGAGCGCUAUGACAUCGAGAGUGACUGCUGGAGCGCUGUGGCUCCGAUGAACACUCCCAGAGGAGGAGUGGGAUCUGUGGCUUUGGGGGGUUUUGUGUAUGCGGUGGGAGGCAACGAUGGCGUGGCAUCUCUGUCCAGCGUGGAGCGCUACAACCCUCAUCUCAACAAAUGGACAGAGGUCAGCGAGAUGGGCCAGCGACGGGCUGGAAAUGGAGUCAGCAAACUGAAUGGCUGCCUCUACGUCGUAGGUGGGUUUGAUGACAACUCACCACUGAGCUCAGUCGAACGAUUUGACCCUCGAUUGCACCGUUGGGAAUAUGUGUCUGAGCUGACCACACCACGCGGCGGAGUCGGGGUUGCAACUGUAAUGGGAAGAGUGUACGCUGUCGGAGGCCACAAUGGAAACAUCUACCUGAACACGGUGGAGGCUUUUGAGCCUCGAAUGAACAGAUGGGAGCUGGUGGGCUCAGUGUCUCACUGCCGCGCCGGAGCUGGAGUCGCCGUCUGCUCGUCUCACGUCAGUCAGAUUCGGGACAUCGGCCAGGGCUCCAGCAAUGUGGUCAACUGCAUGUGACCGCUAACUGCCAGGUGACUAAACGGCUGCCAGGUCACCGCCAGAUGUGAUCACUGCACAAGCACACAAACACAAAGCACACAGAAGGUGACGGCAGAAUCAUUACUGUCACCGCUGUCCUGACCUUCAGCCUUAGUUCAGUUUGAGGCUGACCGUCAGUUUGCACUCAGCGACUGAGGAACAUUAGGGAGCUUUUACUGACUUGAAGUGCACGUUUGACAAAUCUGAAUACUUCUCUGAAAAAAAACCUGACUCAUUCAAGAAGUUAUUUUUCACCUGUGCUGGUGUUCUUUGCCAUCAGCAGCAGUGUUUUGUACUGUAUUUUCUUUAGUUUUUUGACAUAUUUCACACAUGAAAUGACUGACCAGAGCAAUACAGUGCACGUCUCCAGUUCUUCUUCUGUUUACAUUAUUGUGUAUAAAUCUGUUCAAACUGAGCUGGGAAGAUUUGUAAUUACGAUUAAGAUUUGUGUGACGACAAUAUCUGGACUGCCCGUAAUCCAGGUCAAGAGUUUUCAGAUGUGUUUUGAAUUUCAGCUGGAGUUCGUCUCUGCAGAUGGUUGUUAUAUUUUAAUAUAUGGAAUUCUUUUUGUAAUAUAAAAUGGGUGUAUCUUUGCUAUUAUUCUGUACAACACUAUCUAAUCCAUUGCUGUGCACUAUUUUCCUAGAAUAGAUAUGAAGUCGGAGUAUAUUUUUGUCCUUAAUGGAGAAUUUCACAUUGUUCAUGUCUUGAGUUUAAAGAUGUUUAUUUUUCUCUCAUGCCUAUAUUUGCCAUAUAUAUAAGAACAAUUGAAUAAUUCCUGCCAAGAUUUUUGUUCUUCAGGAUUGGCUGAGUGAUGACCACAAAACAUAAAAUCUAUAUAUGGUUUAUACUAGAAGUUGAGAUAUAAAUGCACAAUUUGUGUCCUACCAUUAUUAAUAAUAAUAAUAAUAAUAAUAAUAAUAUUUAAGUAAUUUUUACUCUAAACCUUAAGUUGUUGCCAACCUUGUUAACAAAUGAGCCUUUUGUAAACUUAACUGUACUUGUGUUGAUGUUCUUCCUCCUCCUUGGCUGCUUCCUACGUGUGCUUUUUAUUCACAUGGUGUUGGUAUAAAUUGGUACAAUAAAGUUACGUGUAAAGUCCA